AUGCAAGAUUCAUCUCCUGUGCAAGAUUCAUUUCCUAUGCAAGAUUCAACUUCAUCUUCUAAGCGAAUUCGUGUUGACUUUGACUUAGAAAAUCUUCCUUCAGAUCCUGGGCUACGACAAAAGAUAUCAUCUUAUCAUCCUAAUAAUCAUGAUGAAAUAAGAAGACAUUAUUUAACAAAAGGCCCUUGUCAACCUGUUCUUCAUGAUUUCCCUGUAUCAUAUUUUUCUGAAAAGCCCUAUCGAUUUAGAUCCGAUUGGUAUAUGGGUAGAAGGUGGUUGGAAUAUAGUAUAGAGAAGGAUGCAGCAUUUUGUUUUUAUUGCUACCUAUUUGGGCGGCAAGAUGUUGGUAAGCAAGGAGGAGGUGAGACUUUUGUAACAAAGGGAUUCAAACUUUGGAAUCAAGUUGCGAAGUUAGAUUCCCAUGUUGGAGGAGUUAAUAGUGCUCACAGCCAAGCUGUCCAGAAGGCUUUUCAUGGUCACGAUGAAUCUCAAGGUUCAAGUGAUAAAGGAAAUUUUCUUGAGCUUGUACAAUUUUUGGAGGAUCACAAUGAAUCUAUCAAUGAAGUGUUGCAAAUAGUUCCGAAAAAUUGCAUGCUUACCCACCCGGAUAUUCAAAAAAACAUUGUGAAUGCAAUUGCACGUGAAACAUCUGAAGCCAUCAUCAAGGAUCUUGACAAUGGGUUCUUUUCAAUAUUAGUUGAUGAGUCACGUGAUAUCUCAGUGAAAGAACAAAUGUCCCUCGUUCUUCGUUAUGUGAACAAAAAAGGAAUUAUUAUAGAGCGGUUCCUUGGUAUUGUACAUGUUGCAAUAACUGUUGUUGGAGGCUCUUGUAAGAGACGAGAUGCUUUUCGAGAUGCACAAUUUGCCAAAAUUAAAGAAGAUUUAGAGAAUGGUGUACGUAGAAGUGGGCAAGGUUUGAAUCAAGAGACGAAUCUUAAACGCCCUGGUGAUACACUUUGGGGAUCAUAUUAUGGGACUAUUCUGAACUUGAUUUUGAUGUUCUCUGCUGUUGUUGAUGUACUUGAAAUUAUUGAAGAAGAUGGCCUGUCCAACCCAAAAGUUGAAGCUCGAUCUAUUAUGAGUGGGAGGUCGCGACGCAACACUCAACAAAAGACAAAUUUACAUUAUUAUCGUGUUGAGCUAUUCUACACAGUCAUAGAUAUGCAACUUCAAGAGCUUAACAACCGUUUUUCUGAGGCGAAUACCGAUUUGCUACUUUGUAUGGCUUGCUUGAAUCCAAGUAAUUCAUUUGUGGCUUUUGAUAAGGAAAAGUUGUUACGUCUAGCUAAGUUCUAUCCCUCUGAUUUUCUUAGGACAAAUAUUUUGGCACUUGACUCUCAAUUGCAAAAUUACAUUUUUGAUAUGCACAGCAACGACUUCUUUUUAGAGCUUCAAGGAAUUAGUGAACUUGCUGAAAAGUUAGUGAGCACAAGGAAGCAUGAGACUUAUCCCUUAGUCUAUUUGCUUGUGAAGUUAGCUUUGACCCUUCCAGUUGCUACUGCAACAGUAGAAAGAAGUUUUUCAGCAAUGAAAUAUAUAAAGAAUGAACUGCGCAAUCAAAUGGGAGAUCAGUGA